AUGGAUUUCGAUGAAGUACUUAAGGAGGUGGGCGCCUUUGGUCUUUAUCAAAAGAUUAUUAUAUGUGCAGUGCUGCUGCCGGCGGCUCUGCCAUGUGCAUUUCACGCCUACAGUCAGUUGUUCAUAGCAGCCACACCACAGCAUUGGUGUCGCAUACCCGAACUGGAGCCAUGGACUUUGGACUAUACGCAAUUGGUUAAGAACCUGAGUAUACCCCGAGAUAAGCAAGGUGUCUACGCUGAGUGUUCCAUGUUUGCGCGUAAUUAUACUGAAAUGGUGCGUUAUCUAGAAUAUCGCACACCCUACGAUCUGCAAAGAGAACAAGCCUCGAAGCUACUAAAAUUGGACCAGGCGCCCAUAGUGCCAUGUCAGCAUGGCUGGCAUUACGACAAAUCUGUUUAUCCCAGCACUGUUGUCCAAGAGUGGAAUCUAGUCUGCGAUCGUAGCUUCCAUGUUACGCUAGCUUUAGUGCUAUUUGGCUUGGGCGGCUUGGUGGGCAAUUAUGUCUUUGGCUAUCUGGUGGACAUGUGGGGUAGACGCCCCUCUUUUUAUGCUUACUUACUGCUGCAAAUUUUAUCCUGCGCUGCUAGCGCCUUUGCCUGGAAUUUCUAUUCCUGGCUUGGAUUAAGAUUCGUGGUGGGCUUAACUGUGCCCGCCAUACUGGCUAGUCCCUAUGUGCUCGCUAUUGAGCUGGUGGGUCCGGAGAGACGCGUCUUUUGCACCAUUGUAUCUAACAUAGCCUAUUCCUUAGGACUAGUGAUGCUCUCGGGCGUCGUCUAUUUGGUGCGUGAUUGGCGUUAUCUGACGCUGGCCGUCUCACUGCCAUUGCUGAUGCUCUUCUCAUGCUUCUUUGUACUGCCGGAAUCACCACGUUGGCUCUUGGCUGUGGGUCAGCCUAAGCGUGCCGUACGCAUACUAAAAGUAAUGGCGCGUGUAAAUGGGAUUCAUGUGAAUCGUGAAUUUGUGGAGCGACUACAACAGCGCUUGCACACCACACAACCAGUGGAGGCCACUCAUUAUGGCAUUUUGGAUUUAUUUCGUGGCACAAAUAUGCGACGCAAGACUUUAAUUAUAACGCUCAUCUGGUUUGCCAAUACUAGCGUUUAUGUGGGGCUCAGCUACUACGCACCUGCCUUGGGUGGCGAUGAGAUUUGGAACUUUUUUCUGGCCGGUGCUGUCGAGCUGCCUACGUAUCUGCUGCUCUGGCCAGGACUUAGCUACUUUGGUCGCCGUUGGAUAUUGUUCAUAUCGAUGCUCGUAGGUGGCGUGGCCUGCGUAGCCACCUUGCUUUACCAGCAGAAAGCGAAUAUAAUGCUUUUACUCUAUUGUAUUGGCAAAAUGGGCAUUUCAUCAGCUUUCGUAGUGCUCCCACUGUUGGCCUCUGAACUUUAUCCCACUGUUGUGCGUGGACUCGGCAUGAGUUUUAGUUCUGUUGUAGCCAUGACAGGCCCAAUAAUCAUACCUAUCAUUAACCAUAUGGGUCAGCAAAUGUUGGUGCUACCAUUGAUAGUCAUGGGUGCGCUGCUAAUUGUUGGUGGCUUUGCUAGCCUCUUCCUGCCAGAAACCCGUGGCAAGAAUCUGCCGCAGACUUUGGAGGAGGGCGAAGCUGUGCCACUUAGUUGUCUGCUAUGCUGCUGCGUAGAAAAGGAGCAGAAAAGGUCUAAAAGGAGCAACAGGAGCCCGGUCAGGACGCGCAAAGCCAUGCUAGCAGAUACCGCCACUGUGAACCGUAGAGUUGGUGGAUCUGGAGAAACUACUAGCUGCAAGAUUGUGUGCAGCGUUUGCAAAAAAGAAAUGAGAACACUGUAAAUUGUUAAUGAAAUAAAUU